AUGCUUCACAUGCGGAAGUAUCUAUAUGGAUGUUCCUAUCGAUACAGCGCACAACUCUCAAUUGACCCCCCUCGCAGGACAGUAUUCGAUGGGCUGAGCCCCAUGGAGAGGCAUAAGCUGAUGAUGUCCCUGCGCUCUUUGCAGAAGACCAAAAUGGAAAGCGACCAGGGGAAGUACCUAGACGACUAUGACGUAUUGAAGAAAAAGUACCAGUUUGUCCACGACGCGGCCAGCGAAAAUAACUCCCUUCUGCAAAAGUACUACAACAGCAUAUGCAACAAAUACGUCGUCUGCUACUUGAGUGAAUACAGAGACAAAAAGAUCGGCCUGAGGUGGAGGACGGAAGAUGAAAUUGUGAGCGGGAAGGGACACAUGAUUUGUUCCGCCAACGAUUGCGACAACACGGAUUUGAAGACUUACGAAUUUCUGUUUCGCUAUGACGAGGGGGGCAUCCAGAAGGAGACGAAGGUGAAGCUCCGGGCCUGCAUGGAAUGCGCGUACAAGAUUAAUUACGGCGAAAUUAAAAAGUACCUCAAAAAAAAGUCCAAGCGGAAGCGAACGGGGGGCGGGAGGAAGAAGGACCGAUCGGGGGGCAGCGAAAGUGGGAGGAAUAGCGGCGGACAUGAGAGCAGCAGCAGCAAAAGUGAGAGCAGCCGCAGCGAAAGUGAAAGUAGCCGCAAACCUGGGAGUAGCCGAAAACGUGCGAGUAGACGCUAA